AUGCAGAGCCCACAGGACACAGGGCACAGCGCAGCCAGCAUUGACCGCGAAGCCAAAGCUCACGCAGAGGACCUCAAAAGCCUGCUUGCUAAUAGCCACUUCCCUUGGAGCAAAGAUGUCGAAGCUGCUCAGAAACAAUGUCGCAAUGCCCAUCUCAAGUUGAUAUUUCACCAUCCCCUGUCCCCAUAUUCCCAAUCUUUGGACCCUUUGUGGCUGCAUACCACAUACGCUCUUAUUCAAUCUUACAGAGAUGUCGUCGCAGGCCUGGAGCGAGUAGCGCAGUCACAGGCAGGUUCUCCCGUGGGGAAUGGCGGGGGACGAGGAGGGCGACGCAAGGGAGGGGGGGGCGGCGGUGCUGGGGGCGAUGUAAAGAAGGCCUUGACGCGCUUCCGACAAGUACUUGCCAGCGAGGAGACGUUCUAUCGCAGCAUAGUUGCCCGAAUCGCUUCUUCCUACGAGUUGGGCGAGAUCUCGGGUGUCGCAAGUGUCCUCAAGCAAGUCAAGCUGCCCGUGGACAUUUCCUCGCCCCACGAGGCGUCGCCGCUGUAUGAAGAUGCGUCGCCGCUGGCCAGGCGUGGGUCGACCCAAAGCCUGAGCUUGGCAGAAAAGAAGACAAAGUUGGGACUCUUGUAUAAGGGCUUGAUCUGCCUGGGCGAUCUGGAAAGAUAUCGCGAACAGUACAAGGCGCCCAUCAAUGGUGCAGGAAGGCGAGCGCAAGAGAGAGUGAGGGAAGGAGGGAGAUUUGAAGCAGCUGGGAGGUACUAUACGGCAGCAUGGAGUCUGCUUCCCGAUGAUGGCUCCGCGUGGAACCAGCUUGCGGUGAUAUCGACUUAUAUCCCCUCCGACUUCUCCACUGCAUACUACUACAUCCGAGCCCUGUCCGUCCGUCAAGCUUUCCGGGGAGCUGAAGAAAUCCUGCAAAAGUUCUUUAGUAGGAUGUUCGAUAGAGGCCGAAUCAGGUGGAAAGAGGAGGACCCGGUGGAAAGAGAGAAUGGGAUGAAGGGCGUGGAUGACUCUCUCAAAGAUCACCUGUCUUCUCGCCACCUUCCUACCGAAACCAUUGUUCAACUCACCGCCCUCCUCAUCGGCGUUCACUUUCGAAAUCGUUCCACAGCCGGAGUCUUGCCUACCGGUAAUCCGGUGGCUUCUCAAGAUCCCAAAGUCGUCAAGAGAUCUUAUGAAGCUGAAGGCAAAGCCUUGGAAGUCAUGCUCCGAGUCUGGACCGUCUAUUUCCUUGUUGCUACCGAGGAAGUGAGGGAUGCGAGCUUGGCAGCAGGUGGGUCUUUGGAACGCAGUGCUCUGGAUGACAGGCCUGUCGACGGGGCUGGAAUUCGCCAAGACGAGAUGCCGCAACUCAUCUCCGCCGUCCUCAGACGAAAUUUGCCUUCCCUCCGGCUGAUCUCCAAAUGGCUAAAGUUGAACUCGUCAUAUCUUUCGCGACUCUCCAACACCCGAGACUCCAAUCUGAUUUGUUCAACAAAUCUGACUACCGCUCAAGGCGACUUUGAGCGACAAUAUGAAGCCUUUUUGGGUCUGAUAGGCAAGACUUUCCCGUUGGACAGAUUGCCCAGUUUAGAGGAGGCGCUGGAGGAGGAUAUCGACAUGCGUGGCUUCCUUGGCCUAGUUUCUGGGAGUGCCAGCGGAGGAUCCAAUGGCUUGGCAAAAUUCAGCGCUCAGGGCCAGACCAGCGAGCAAGGCAUACUUGAUGGACGAAGUGCGGAGCGAGAAGUGCAUCCAAACGAAGAGCACUUGAUGCGACUGAGUGAUCUGCAGGUGGACGGGAAAUUGAUCUUGAGUUUCACGCAAGGCCAUCACUCUGUCGAACCGCAGCCUCUAGACAUCCAUCAAUCGUCGUUCAGCAUUCCUGACGCCACUACCAAAGCUUAUCCAGCACUGACCGAUCUUCCGCACGUGUCGCCAGCUUUGUUAGAGCAAGACGAUCUUGGGUCAAUCUCAACCAAUACGGAGGAUGAUCCUGUCACUCUAGCCAUGCGUGCAAGUCUCGGAGAGCACGGGGAGAGCGAGCUUGGUGAAGGCAUUGACGAUAUGGAGGACGACGAUGACGAAGAGGUCAUCGUUUGGGGAAGGGGGUCAAACGCCUUUGCUCAGCCCCCAAGUCAGUCUCAAGGAUCGUUCCUCUCGAAUGGCACACCCCAGGCCCUUCCUUCCCUGGCUCCUUUGCAUCAACCACCAUACACAAAUACUUCUCAAUCAUUAUCAGCUCAACAUUCUGCUACCCAUCAGCCCAAGCCGCAGCUCCACAAUUUCCAGCAGCCGACUCAUGCUACAAGCUCUAUAAUGAGCGGAAUGUCCAAUGCUGGCGGGUCUGGAGCCCCCAAAACAGCAGCCGAUCUAUUGCACGAUCUUCUCGAGGGUGGCGUCAAUGGCUCUGUGUCACCUAUGGCACAAGGUCCAUUGUAUGGUCAAACCGGAUCACCCUUCGUCCAGCAUUCCCCAGGCUUUGCACCGUUAGGGGGCUUCUCGAGGAGUAUCAGCAUGUCAGGCAUCGGUCUGCCAUCACCUCACCCAUUGCCUCUUCCGAAUGGACCAGCUGGACAUACUCAGCAUCGAUCCAAUGGGUUUCCCCAGUUUCAGCCACCCUCAAUUCCGCAACACUCUCAGCAGCAAUCGCAACAGCCAUUCAUGGGUGCUGCUCAAUCGGGUGGAAUGGGAAUGGGACUGGGCAGUAUCUGGACCAUGACAAGGGAAGAGAGCGGAAAAGGUCAAAGCAGGGGCUGGGACGGAGUUGCCGCUGGCAACGGUACCGCGCCACCACCCGGUUUCGGCUUGAAUGCUCCUCAACCCCCUGGGCCUUACCCCGCUCCCACCCAGCCGCAGCCCCAAGUGCUUCCCAAUCAUCAACAGAUCUCCAUGCCGACAUCGCGUCCAUCAACGACACUCCAGGCCCAAGUCAAAGGCACCUAUCGCCCGUCACCCUCUACGAAUCAGCCUAGCAAGCAAGCUGGCGUGCAGACAACUCGCCAGCCCACGGGACCUCCUUCCAGCGGGCCUAUGUGGGGUGGUCCUGGGGCCGCAGGAGCAGCGAGUGGGAGUGGUGCCGCACAAGUAACAAUGCCUUUACCGUCUGUCAAAGCCGGUGAAGGAGCACCAUACUAUAUGCGCCCCGGGGUAUUUGGGUCUACUGGAUCUGGAAUUGCCUCGGGACCUCCUGGAUUACCUGCGGUUGCCGUAGGGGGUGGGUUGUCCUUGGGAGGUAGUGGAGGCGGGAUCUGGGAUAGCAGAGCUGGGACAAAAGAAGUCGGCAAUGCGCAAGGAUGGGUAUGA